AUGGAGGGGAUGAUGAGAACAAGGGACAAAAUAAUGAGAGAAGAAGAAGAGGAACAAGUAUUAGAGCUUCCAGGGUUUAGGUUUCAUCCGACGGACGAGGAGCUUGUAGGGUUUUAUCUCUCUAAAAAAGUACUCCUCAAGAAACCCAGCAAGAUCGAUGAGAUCAUUAGCCAAAUCGAUAUCUAUAAAUUCGAUCCUUGGGAUCUUCCUCGGUCGAGGAAUACGGAGAAGGAGAACUAUUUCUUUUGCAAGAGAGGAAGAAAAUAUAGAAACAGCAUAAGACCGAACCGGGUGACUGGUUCUGGUUUCUGGAAAGCCACAGGUAUCGACAAGCCUGUCUAUUCCGAUGGAUCCAACAAAGCCGUGAUCGGUCUAAAGAAGACACUAGUUUAUUACCUUGGAAGCGCAGGUAAAGGAACCAAGACAGAUUGGAUGAUGCACGAAUUUCGUCUCCCCACAGCCAAUGACACCAUCCCUGGUGGCUCCACACACCUUAACCCUACUCCGUCUUCCUUGCUACAUGCUGAAGUGUGGACGUUGUGCCGGAUAUUCAAGAGAAAUGUGUCUAGUCGAAAAUACACUCCGGACUGGAGAGAAUUAGCAGGUGGGAAACGCGUGAAGCAGCAACAAUCCAAGUACCAAGAAGCUUAUAAUAUCAGUUUUGGCGACAACGAGAGUAUAAGUAGUAGUACCAAUGUCAUGGAAAGCAAAGAGAAUUAUGAGAGGAACGUUUUCCAGCUACACCAAACGCCUCAUCAUCAACACCAGCCCAUUCCCAUGGACACUACACAAGUCGAUACGGUUCCACAUGUCUUGAACGAUAACAUUCACAAUAUAACUUGCGAGAACUGGGACGAGCUACGAUCAGUUGUGGAAUUUGCUUUCGGCCCUUCUUCUCUUAGUUAGAUAUAUGUCUUUAUACUGAUUAGCAAUGCAUGUUGUAUACAUAUAAUAUAGUACUUUGAGUGUUGCAAGCGAGAUACACUGAA